GUUUAAAAUAAACAUAGUUAAACAACAACUUAAACUGCGUUUAAAUGUUAGAAUAUAAAGUUUUUAACAAUAAAACGACUAAAAUGAACAAAAAAACGUGAUUAUUAUGUUUAAAUAGAAACAAAUAAACUGAAGAAGUGAUGGGUUUACGAUUUUGGCAUUAAUUAGACGAUUAUCUAAUAUAAAUGGUGACAAUUUUUUUUUUUUGAAAAAAAAGUGCCCUAAAUUAACGAAACCUAGUUUUAAAUGCAAUGAACAUAAUUUAUUAAUAACGUGUUAAAAAGAAACAAUAAUAAAAAAAAGACUUUUGUUUAAAUAAAACCCAUCAACUAUUGGGGUCUGUGGCUUCAAACAUGUUUUAACGAUCGUUAAACCAACCAGUUGCAAUUUUAAGCACGUUCACUUAGCCAAGUUUACAAGACGUAUGAAUGGUCGGAAAAAACCCUCUUUAGUGUUUCGAAGAGCAUUAUUACAACAUCUUUAAAUUGUGUAUUUUUGAAAGAAAAAAACUCAUAACACGUUCAAUGAACGAUUAUUGAAAACAAAAACAACAUAAGUUUAAGCCAAUGGUUUAAGAAAACCUUUAAGUUUUUCCCCUUUGUUAGUUAAAGUAAAAACUAUUGGACGCCACUAAGUUGUACAACCAAAUAGAAAAAUUUUAAACCGUUAAAGCAACGACCUUGAAAAUAAAGCACGUAAAGAAGAAGAAAGAGAAGAAGUAAAAAAUAACUAAAAUAAACAUAAACAAACAAAAGUCAAAACUUUUGAAAAAAAGAUUUAAACAAAAUCAAAAACCCACAAAACGUUAAGAGUUGUAAUAGAAAGUGAAAGUUAAGAAACUUAAACUUUUAAGUUUAAUAUUUCUUUCUCGGUUUUGGUACAAAAAAAAAAAAAAACAUAGUGGGGAAGCUGUGUUAAACUAUUAUAUUUGCAAUUGAUUGCAAAAAAAACCAAAGCAAAAGUUUUAGAUUACCAACUCUCUACUACACGUAAACGGUGAUCUUGCAGCAGAAAACAACAGGCAAGCAACCAACUACAGCAAACGAUCGUUAAUAGAUAAUUGAAGUUCAAGUUGUGUUGAAAAUAAAACCAGCAAUACAACACAAGUAAUUAAAUAACAAUUUAAAAAAUAACAACAACAAAAACAUAUUUUGUAAUAUUAAAUUUCAUUAAAAGAAAAAAUUUAAAAAAGUAACGUUAAAAAAUCCAAGUGUUUCUUAUAGAAACGUGUUAAAUUAAAGAAAAAACAACAACAACAAAAACAACAAUAUGAGUGAAUCUAUUAAAGAAGAAUCUAACUUAAACAUUAUGCCUCAACCGGAAGAAGUUAUACAACUGGAAACAGCUAAGGAUAACAACAACAGCAGCAGCUGCAGCAGCAACAGCAUCAACAACGAUACCUGUGAGAUACGCAGUCAACAUAUUAAAAAUGCUCAUACAUUUUUGGUCACCACUGUAAGAACACAAGAAACUAUAACCACAACCACAGAAACACAACUAAACAAUAGUGAUCAACUAAAAGCAGUACCUGUUCUUAACAACACACUCUCCAAAGAGGAAAAACCUUGUUGCAGUAGUUCUUGUUCUUCUCCGGAAUGUUCUACAAAAGCUAUAGUUCCUUUAUCUUCAUCUUUACCUUCUAAACUUUUAAGAUUUCAUGCUAAAAAGUCUGCUCAAUCUUUGUUGCAGCGUCUAGAGUCACAGGAACAAUCUGUCGAUUCACAGUUUGAUAGUGAUGAGGGUUUGACAGCGGGCUUUAGUGGUUGUAGUAGUAAUAAUGGUGAAGAUUAUAUAUCGCAAGAUAGUUGUGAUUCUUUGGAAGAUUUGCCAGAACCAACAGCUCCUGCCAUGUCACCACCACCGCCACGUAAUUCGCCAUCCACCGAUAAUAUUGAUGAGAAAAUAGAUGUUGGUAUGGGUUCUUCAAUAGAAGGUUCCGAAGAAUCUGAAGAAGAUGAUGAGUUAAAGCCAUUGGCAGUGGAUAAUCAUGUUUUACAUGAAAUAGAUCUAAGAUCUAGUACCAGCACCACUACCAGUAGUUCUUUAAGCUCGAAUGCGCCCAUUUCAACAGCCGUUUUAAGCGAUAAAGUCCAUGAGAAAACCUCCAACAAUACGGCAGUCUUAAGUGAGGCCAAUUUGGAAAAAUUCCGUAAACAUCAGACGGUGGCACAAGCUCAUCCCAUAAUGGAUAAUAUAUAUUUACAUCCAAAUUUUAAAUAUGAUUUCCAAACAAAAGAAACAACUAACGAUAACACGUCUAAAAUGGCUGAAAAUAACAAUUCACCAGUUUUAGAAACUAAACGUAUACAUCGCUCCUUCUUAACUAUGAAGAAAACGGAACCAUUAACAUCCGAAAAAGCCAAUUCGGUAGUAUCUCAAGCCACCUCAGCCUCGGGUGAUAAGACUCUCAUCAAUGAAAUAGAUAAUCUAGAUCCAGCUCUAAUACCCAGUGAUGAUUUGGCAGCCGAAAUAGCCGAUGCUGUGGAAUAUUAUUUCUCUAAUGAUAGCAUACUCAAAGAUGCCUUCCUACUUAAACAUGUUAAGCGCAACAAGGAGGGUUAUGUUAGUCUGAAAUUGGUAUCUAGCUUUAAGCGUGUUAGACAAUUGACCAAGGACUGGAAGGUGGUGGGUAAUGCGGUAAGACGUAAAUCGCACAAAAUAGAACUCAACGAUGUGGGCACCAAGGUAAGACGUAUUGAAGCUUUACCCAAUUUCGAUGAGACCAUGCCUUCACGCACAAUAGUGGCUUGUGAUUUGCCCUUAGAUAAAUUGAGCAUAGAAAAGGUUUCCGAUAUAUUCUCUAAAUGUGGUGAAAUAGCUUUGAUACGUAUUUUAAAACCCGGCAUGGCCAUACCGGUAGAUGUGCGUCAAUUUAUGAAUAAAUAUCCGGAAAUGCAACAAAAAGAAUGCGCUUUAGUGGAAUAUUUAGAAUCGUCAUCGGCUAGAGAAGCUAGAAACUUGCAGGGACCUUUUAAGGUUUACGAAAUGGUGGCUCCUAAAAAGAAAACUGGCAAAAAGGCUGUCAUACAGGUUUCAGCUCCGGUUGUACGCAUGGUGGAGAAUUAUCGCUAUUUCAACGAUCAUAGCUAUGAACGUACAAGAGGUGGCAGUUUCAGUGGUAUGCCAGUGCAAGAUAUUGAUUUACGCUAUAGAUUGAAACGUAAUAAUUCAGAUUUUGCCACCAAAGCCUAUAAUAAUGAUGUUCAUCAAUCCUAUGGACCAACAGUGGCAGCUCCGCACUAUCAUAAUACCGCUACUACAGGUUAUACACCAUCACAUCGUGGUAGUUUUGGCAGUGAUCAUCAUGUACAUCAACCUCAACAACAACAUCAUCAGCAACAUCAAGGUCAUCAUCCAGUAACGGGACAUUAUCAACACCGCGGUAGUAUAAAUCAAGAUGUCCUAUCCAAUCAACCAACACCUUCAUCUCCCGGUACGAAUAACACGAAUUUCUUUGCUUAUACACCACGCAGAUAUAGCAACACCUCGACUAUAUCGGCUCAUACAGCCAACAAUAACAGCAUUAAUAAUAUUGACGCCUCAGUCAUGACCACCAAGCCGACACACACGAAUCUAAGCAACAUUUCUAAUAACACUAGUAGUAACUCCCAUAAUCUGGUAAGACGUCUGUCGAAUUGUUCACAAGAAGGUUAUGCCGAUGCCGUAAGACGUUCAUCAAAUUGUUCGGAAAAUGCACCACAAAGACGUGAUUCCAAUUGUUCCGAUAAUUGUCCCUGUACAAGACGUAUUUCUGAUUUUGGCCAAAACGAAGUAUAUCGCAAAACUUCUCAGGGUUCUAUAGGUAGUGGUGGAGAGAGACGUUUCUCUAAUGGUUCUAUGCAAUUCGAAAGAACCUUUUCGAAUGGCAGUGAUAUGAGUAAUCAUUUUCAACGACGCCCUUCUAAUGAUUUCAAUCUGGAGCGUAAGCAAUCGUUGGAAACUCAAACUGGUUCACCUUAUGAUGAUCCUAAUGUGGGAGGCGGUGGUGGUGGUUAUAAUGUCUUUCCACGCCGCUAUUCCAAUAAUUUCAAUAAUAAUAUUAACAGCAAAUUGGCUGCCUAUGAUAAUGCUCAGUACAUCAAUGGCCGACGUAUAUCCACCGAUUCUGGUUAUGAUCGUCGUUUUUCCUUUGGUUCGGAAUAUGAGGGUUCACCACGUUCACGUACUAAUAGUUUUCUUAAUAACUAUAAACAUGGCAUCAAUGACUAUGAUGGUCAACCACGUUCACGUACCGGUAGUUUUCUAGAUGGUUCACCACGCUCUCGUUCGGGAUCGUUUGCUACACGUACUGCUGAACAUUUGGUGCGUACACCUAUGGGACCGGAUGGUAGUAAGGGUUUUGGUUCAAGGGCUCGUAAAUUUGAUCAAACUAUUUCACCAGUUUAGGUGGAUGUCUAUAUAUACAUAUAUAUGUAUAUGUAUGUAUAGCUGUAUGGGUAAGAAUUUGUAUUAAACAAAAGUGUUCAUUUUGUAUUGUUUUUACUUUAAAUUAAAAAAAAUUUGUUGUUUAAGCAGGACUUUGAAAGUUAAAACUAAAAAAUGGCUGUUAUUCCUUAAAACAUCCUUCCCUUUUAUAUAUAAAACGAUUAAUUAUAAAUUUUUAAUAUUUUUUUAAAUAUUUUUUUUUGUUAAUUAUUUUAUGAGAAAAAUUGCAGUGUUUUUAAAUUAAUAGUU